AUGGGCGGCCGGCGCGAGCGGAGAACGACGGGCCAAAAUCACGCUCUGCUCGCUGCGUGGCUGCCGCUUCUCAAGCGUGGUGGGCUCUAUGUGAUCGAGGACAUCCACUGCUCGCUACAGAGGGGAUACGACCUGCCGCCCGGCUCGUCCGAGACGGCGCUGCGCGUGCUGAAGCGGCUGAACGCGACGGGCAAGUUUAAGUCAAAAGGCAACGUUGACCAGACGUCCAUCCUGAGGACGAGGGACUAG